GUCAUGACAUCAUGACCAAACGACACUAACAUGUCAGUGUCGAGCGAGGCAGGAUAGGUUGAAAAACUAUUUUGAUGUUACUCGUGGCGGAUUGAACACCAAAAUGUCACCACUGUCGGAGCCCGACAUGGUUUAGUUAAACUGUCGGCGCCGCUUCCGUUGUGGUUAUUUUUUGUACAACAUCCUGUAGGAGCGAGAAAAUGAGCGGUGCCGAUCGAGGAAGUGGCCCAGCUGGUGGACAAAGCUAGCUGGCUAACCGUUAGCAGAAGUGCAUUGUUUUGGGUUUCAACGCGGAGUAAAUAAACAUGAGCUAAAACUGUGGCGGCUGCACUCUAAAGUAACAUCAAAAAUGCCGACUCUCCAGUUAAUUCUUAUUUAAUGUGUGUGACAUCACGGUAGAACGAUACAAACGCCACCGUGAGCGUAUUUUGUAGCAUUACAUUGAGCAUAUCUCCUACUUAGGAGCGACACAAUAGAAAAGGAGGUGCGAAAUGGGCAACUGCUUGAAGUCGCCCACCUCGGACGACAUCUCUCUGCUGCAAGAGUCCCAGUCGGACAGGGCGAGCUUCGGGGACGGGACCGAUCCAGACCUGGAGCCGCCUCCGCCCUACCAGGAGCAGGCGCACAUGCCCAUGUACCAUCCCACACCCAGCCAGGCCCGUCUGGCCACCCAACUGACGGAGGAGGAACAGAUCCGCAUCGCCCAGCGUAUCGGACUGAUCCAGCACCUGCCCAAGGGUGUGUAUGAUGGCGGCCAAGAUGGCUCAGAGAAGAAGAUCCGAGAGUGUGUGAUCUGCAUGCUGGAUUUUGUGUAUGGCGACCCAGUGCGGUUUCUGCCAUGCAUGCACAUCUACCACAUGGACUGCAUAGACGACUGGCUCAUGAGAUCCUUCACCUGUCCGUCCUGCAUGGAACCCGUCGACGCCGCCCUGCUCUCCACCUAUGAGACCAACUGACGUGCGCGUCCUCCUCUCUCACCAUCAGCUCGCCUUACGCGCGACAGCAGCGGGUGGGGCUUAAAAACAACAACAAUCAGGUUGGCUGUCAUCUUGCACUUCAAGAAAAUGAUUUUCAACCCUCUCCCCCCCACAUCCCCAAACACACAUAUAUUUUGGCCUGAGGUGUUAGACACACACGCACAGACACAGACACACACACACACACACACACACACACACACACACACACACACACACACACACACACACACACACACACACACACACACACAGACACACACACACUUGACCACUUGAGCUGGACUCAGUGGUCACCAGACUAUUAAAUUAUUCACCCCAAAUCUUAGUGUGUCACGUGAACUCCCACCUUAUUAGCAAUUGCCUAAUUUUUCAGUGCAUUAAUGCUCCACUUUAUCUAUUUAUUCAUUCUUAUUGGCUGGUGCGCGUCAUUCACAGGCAAGAGCCAGUGAAAAUGUCUAUAAUUGAAAUGAACUUAAUGUAACAUUUUAAUUUGAAGCCCCGUGACUUGCCUCACGCAUAUUCAGUCCUCAAGAUUUCAUCAAAUAGUGGCCACCAAUAAGAUACCCUUAUUCAGAAAAAAAACAAAACAAAACAGGGAGUCCCUGCAAUGACAUUAGUCCCCUCACACACAGACAUUAGACGCACAGAGUCAACUGCGCAUUUGGACACUGUUGCUCACCAAACAAGAGCACCCACGAUGCACAUAAGCAGUCUUUCAUACAAAAUCAAGUGUCAAGUUAAAGAUGUCUUUAGUGUACCCCUAAGCGCCACAAUGUUGUGUCCACAUUAUCACUUGACACUUGCAAAUGGUAAUACGGUGACCACAGUAUAUGUUUAUUUGAUAGAUUUAGCUCUGUCACAUUAUGUUCAGACCGGGUCUUGCAUGCUUUUGUUCACCAUGAAACUACACACUUGUUGCUUCGAGCGGAGAACAGUACAGGCUCUUUCGACAGUUGGAAAAGUAGUUUGAACAUCGCUCGUCAAUCUGGUGGUUGUUAUGAAACCUUUCUUGGUUGACAGUAAAGCAGCUACAAUAAAAAUCAAUACACUCAUUGGAUUUGCCAGCUUCCUCGUUCAUCAUUCUCCGUAGCCUGCUUUUUUUGCUCAGCCCUGUGUUGUUGGAAGCUGGCCCACUGUGUCCCACAGACCGCAAUGAUACUGUCCCAUAUUGUGACAUUGAAACCGCACCUCCAGGAACCCUCAGCAGGCAUUUGGUCUGACUGCAACAUUCAGUUAGUAGAACUACAUUUCCCAUGAUGGUUAGACACAAUUGAUAAUUUUACAUUUUGAGCCAUGCGAGUCCCAGAGACUCGUUGAUCAGAAAAGUAUGAGUCCUAUUAUGCAUUGUAAGAGUCACAAAUUUCGAAUUCUGAAAUGGUCUAUUUAUUCAAUUGCAUAUGAUAACACAAACAACAACAAUAUACAUUGAUCAUUGUUUCUUAUAAACAAAUGCUGGAAAAAUGUUAAUAAUUUAGGCAUACAAGAUUAUUAUCGUAAAAAAAUAUCCAACUUUAGCUGCUUCCUCUGUGAUAUCUCUGCAAUAAACUUUCGCAACACUUGUUUUAAAGUUACACAACUUAGCAAUCGUCUGCUUUCCGCGACGUGAAGGCCGAUCUCGCCAAUCUCGUCUCGUGAGAACGGAAAUCUCAACAUGCGAGAUCAAAACAACAAUGACGGCAAUUAUCAAAACAGCGAUCGUUGCUGGAAAAAAAAAUUUACCGUAGGUUUUUUUUUUGACUGAGAAAUUUCCUUGCGUCCCAAAAACACACAUUAUUUGGAACUGUGCGUCUGCCGUGAAAAUUAUGCCUCUAGGAUGUGGGACGCAGAGGUUACGAGAUGGCUGGACACAGAAGCAGAAUGAUGAAAACAUGUAUGCCUCCUCGCUAUUAGAUGCAAAUGAGAACAUGGAUAUUAAAGUAAAUAGGAAGGAAUAUUAAUUAAAGAUGACAAACUGAAAAGUCGAUAUCCAUACAUACGGUGUACCGGAUUACAAGGUGCACUACCUUUUUUUUCUGAGAAAA